AUCCUUUGAAGAAGAAGAAAAAAAAAACAUCGCGCUUUCUCUCUCUAGAAAAACCAUCACUUUUUCCAUGUCGCUGUUUGAAACGGUGGUUGCGUGAAAAAGAAGACUAGAACAGAAUCUUUGUCUCUGUUUUCUUGAGAGAUUCAAAUUUCUCUCCUUUUUUUCUCCGACUUUAAUCUCUGCUAAUAGCCGUUUGCGUGUGUUCUGGAAAAAAACAAGAGAUGGGUAAGAGAGAUCAUCAGUGUCAGAAUCCAAACGAGAAAGAUCAGAGAGUUCAAGCUGUUCUUGACAUCCUCAGAAAACAAUCUCCUCUCACUCUCAAACAGGAAAAAUUCUGCAACAAGGGAUGUGUGGAGAGGUUCUUGAAGGCGAAAGGGGACAGCGUGAAGAAGGCUGCGAAACAUCUUCGUAGUUGUCUUGCUUGGAGGGAUUCCUUAGGCAUAGAUCGUCUCAUGGCUGAUGAGUUCUCUGCUGAGCUUGUUGAAGGUGUGGCUUAUGUUGCAGGCCAUGAUGAUAGUUCCAGACCUGUCAUGAUUUUCAGGAUCAAACAAGAUUACCAGAAGUUCCAUUCCCAGAAAAUGUUUACUGUUUUGCUGGCGUUUACAGUGGAGGUGGCAAUUCAAACCAUGGCCAAAAAUGUUGAACAGUUUGUGAUACUCUUUGAUGCCAGCUUUUUCAGGUCAGCUUCUGCCUUUAUGAACAUCUUGUUGGCUGCAAUGAAAGUGGUGGCUGAUUACUACCCUGGCCGCCUUCACAAGGCCUUUGUCAUUGACCCUCCUUCCCUCUUCUCCUAUCUUUGGAAGGGAGUGAAGGCAUUUGUGGAGCUUGCACCGUUGACCAUGGUGGUAUCAUCGCUUGACUUUGAAGAUUCUCUAGAGUUUAAUAAUUUCUCAACAUAUCCCAGAGCUGCAUCCCUGAGAUUCAGCCCUGCAUCCGUGGCAUCAUCAACGGCCAAGAUUGGCCCAUGCUCAUCCUCAAGGUUCUCAUUCACGGUCUCCCACCACUUUGACUCUCUGAAGCCGUGGCACCUCACGUUGACCGACACGUCAGCGUCGAAGAUAGGCCCCACCACCGUCCACUCGUCAACCAACCUGGGCUCCGCCGCCAUCUCGCCGCUCAACGCCCGGUCCAUGUCAUUCGCCUCGCCCCUCGCACGGACUCCACGUGGCACCGCCGGUGCCGCCGCCACAGCCCGGAAGGGUUUCUUUCCCUCCACGCCGCUGCCGCAGAAGACCCAAGAAUUCGACUCCGCCGCCCUCCACCCACGCGCCGCCCGUCCCUCUUUCUUCCAGUCGCCGGCCAUGUUCUUCAAGAAAGACUGCCACGUCACCCGACCCGACAAGUCCCGCGAGUCGUUCGUCCCGUUCUUGAAGUUUUACCGCCGGCCGUACGACGAAAUGAUUUACCGGUCAAAGAUGCGGCCGCCGCUGGGCGGACUGAUCGCCAUUGUCCCGCCGCACCUCAAACGCCGGCACAUGUCGGUGUCUCAGAGGUUUUAGCAGCCCUCGCUAAAACCUUAAACCUUAGUGGUACAUACAACAUAUUAUUAGUUAAUCACCAUCAACCAUAUCUUAUAUCAUUAUUAUUAAUGUUAACAAACAGUGUUUUGUUACUAAUAAUUGAUUAAUUAUAUUUUCAUUUCAAUGCUCAAACUCCAAAGCC